UAGCGUCCAGGGUGUAGUCCCGUGCGCGUCUCUUCCUGCUGGGGUCGGUACAUGGCGGCGGACACAAAGAGCUGAGAGCCUCGCAGCGCAGCAGCACAGCCGGGACACGAGCUCUGGACGCGGCCUGGAGCCCACGCACUGCGCCUCCCGCAUGUUCUCACCCCACGCGUCUGCUUUUUACCGCCGGGAAACGAGUCGGUGAACUUUGGGAACUUUGGGAACUUUGGGUCGGUGUCGGAGCCGCGCACAGAUCUUCUGCGGCAGAAAGAAGGGCUGAAAUGCCGAGUGUGGUCCGGGUUCGGGCUCGGGUGCGGGCUCUGCGGGCCCUCGUGGCCUGGGGCUGGCUGGCCGUGUGCGUCCGCGCCGCCAUGGACGAGUGCGCGGACGAGCGCGGCGCCGCGCAGCGCUGCAUGCCCGAGUUCGUGAACGCCGCGUUCAACGUGACGGUGGCGGCCACCAACACCUGCGGAUCCCCGCCCGAGGAGUACUGCGUGCAGACCGGCGCCACCGGCGUCACCAAGUCCUGCCACAUCUGCGACGCCGACGACGCCCGGAACCACCACGGCGCCGUGUACCUGACCGACUACAACAACCACCUGGACACGACCUGGUGGCAGAGCCAGACCAUGCUGGCGGGCGUCCAGUACCCGAACUCCAUCAACCUCACCCUGCACCUCGGUAAGGCCUUCGACAUCACCUACGUCCGGCUCAAGUUCCACACCAGCCGGCCGGAGAGCUUCGCCAUCUACAAGCGCACCCACGAGGGCGGCCCGUGGGUCCCGUACCAGUACUACAGCGGCUCCUGUGAGAAGACCUACAGGAAGCAAAGCGGCAGCUUCAUCCGCACCGGAGAGGACGAGCAGCAGGCGCUUUGCACCGCCGACUUCAGCGACAUCUCGCCGCUGACCGGCGGAAACGUGGCCUUCUCCACGCUGGAGGGACGACCCAGCGCCUACAACUUUGACCACAGCCCGGUUCUGCAGGAGUGGGUGACGGCCACCGACAUCAGAGUGACCUUGAACAGACUCAACACGUUCGGAGACGAGGUUUUCAACGACCCCAAAGUGCUGAAGUCUUACUACUACGCCAUCUCGGACUUCGCUGUGGGAGGAAGGUGUAAGUGCAACGGUCACGCCAGCGAGUGUGUGAAGAACAGCAGAGGGCGGCUGGUGUGCAACUGCAAACACAACACGGAGGGCGACGACUGCAACGUGUGUAAAGCCUUCUACAACGACCGUCCGUGGAGGAGGGCGACGGCCGACAACGCCAACGAGUGUCUGCCCUGCAACUGUAAUGGGAAAAGCUCUGAGUGCUACUUCGACGCAGAGCUGUACCGGGCCACGGGUCACGGCGGCCACUGCAGAGGCUGCGCUGACAACACGGACGGACCCAACUGCGAGCGCUGCCUCGACCACUACUACAGAGACCAGAGUGGCAGCCGCUGCCUGCCCUGCAGCUGCAGCAGCAUCGGCUCCGAGUCUCUUCAGUGUGACAGCAGAGGAAUGUGUGCGUGUAAACCUGGAGUGACUGGAGACAAGUGUGACCGCUGCAAGCUGGGCUUCCACAGUCUGACCGAGGCCGGAUGCAGGCCUUGCUCUUGCUCGCCCGCUGGCAGCACUCAGGAGUGUGACGUCGGCACGGGACAGUGUCGCUGCAAAGACCACGUGGAGGGCUUCAGCUGCGACAGGUGUAAACUGGGCUACUUCAACCUGGACCCCAACAACCCUCAGGGCUGCACCCCCUGCUUCUGCUUCCAGCACUCAUCUGUGUGCGAGAGCGCCGAGGGCUUCAGCGUACACACCAUCAGCUCCUCCUUCGACAGAGGGGACGAGCAGUGGAGCGGUCAGCAGCGCGAAGGAUCCAGUGUGGAAGUCCAGUGGUCUCGCAGUGAACACGAAAUCUUCCUCAUCUCAGACGACUACCAACCCCUGUACUUCGUGGCUCCAGGGAAGUUUCUGGGGAACCAGAUGCUGAGUUACGCACAGAAUCUGAGUCUGAGUUUCCGUCUGGAGCGGCGGGACAGUCGUCUGUCGGCGGAGGAUCUGGUUCUGGAAGGAGCCGGUCUGAGGGUGGCCGUGCCGCUCAUCGCCCAGGGCAACGCCUACCCCAAUGAGAACGCGCAGACUUAUGUGUUCAGGCUCCAUGACAGCAGCGAAUAUCCCUGGAGACCCACCAUCAGCCACUCAGACUUCCAGAAACUCCUCCACAACCUGACGGCCAUCAAGAUCCGCGGCACCUACAGCGAGAAGAGUGCCGGUUACCUUGACAACGUCUCCUUGGUGACUGCGAAGCGGGGUCCAGGCGUUCCAGCGCGCUGGGUGGAGCAGUGUACUUGUCCUCAGGGCUAUAAGGGGCAACACUGUGAGCAGUGCACCAUGGGAUACCGCCGGGCCCGGCCAGAGCUCGGACCCUUCAGCUCCUGUGAGCCCUGCAACUGUCACGGCCACAGUGAGGCCUGCAACCCUGACUCAGGAGCGUGCGACUGUCGGCACCACACAGCCGGGCUGAGUUGUGAGCGCUGUAAGGACGGUUACUAUGGCGACGCAACCCAGGGCACAUCAGCAGACUGCAAGCCGUGUCCGUGUCCAGGAGGAGCCACCUGCGCUGUGGUCCCCAGAACUGCAGAGGUGGUCUGCACCAACUGUCCCGCUGGAACCACAGGUAAACGCUGUGAGCUGUGUGACGACGGCUUCUUCGGAGACCCUCUGGGUCAGAACAGUCCGGUCCGGUCCUGCCGCGCCUGCAAGUGCAGCGACAACAUCGACACAAACGCCGUCGGCAACUGCAACCGCGAGACCGGAGAGUGCCUCAAGUGCAUCUACAACACUGACGGCUUCUUCUGUGACCGCUGCAAGGAGGGUUUCUACGGCAACGCCCUGGCCGCCAGCCCCGCCGACAAAUGCAAACCCUGCUCCUGUUCUCCAUUGGGGACCGUGGAUCGACAGACCAGCUGUUCCCAGGUCACCGGUCAGUGUCUGUGCCUCCCCAACGUCUCCCAGCGUGACUGCAGCGCCUGCGAGCCCGGAUUCUUCAACCUGCAGAGCGGCACCGGCUGUGAACGAUGUAACUGUAAUCCCAUUGGCUCUACAAGCGGCCAGUGUGACAUCACCACCGGACAGUGCGAGUGUCAGCCUGGCGUCACCGGCCGACACUGCCAGCACUGCGAGGUCAACUUCUUUGGCUUCAGCUCGUCUGGCUGCAAACCCUGCGACUGUGACCCUGAGGGCUCCCAGUCAGGUCAGUGUAAGGAGGACGGGCGCUGCGAGUGUCGGCCCGGCUUCGUCGGCGCUCGCUGUGACAUGUGUGAGGAGAACUACUUCUACAACCGCUCGGCGCCGGGCUGCCAGCAGUGCCCCUCCUGCUACAGUCUGGUCAGAGACAAGGUGAACCAGCAGAGGCAGAAGCUGCACGAGCUGCAGACUCUGAUUGAUAACCUGGGUUCUGGUCAGGAGACCGUCAGCGAUAAAGCCUUUGAGGACCGGUUGAAGGAGGCAGAGCGAGCCAUCAUGGAGCUGCUGGAGGAGGCUCAGACCAGCAAAGAAGUUGACAGAGGCCUGCUGGACCGUCUGAACAACAUCAACAGCAGUCUGACCACUCAGUGGAACCGACUGCAGAGCAUCCGGAACACCGUGGACAACACGGGCACGCAGGCCGACCGGGCCCGCAACCGAGUACGAGAUGCAGAAAGUCUGAUCGACCGAGCCCGGCAGGAGCUGGACAAGGCCAAGGACGCCAUCAGCAAAGUGGACAUCAAACCGCCCGGUGGUACCGGAGAGCCCAACAACAUGACACUGCUGGCUGAGGAGGCCCGCACCCUGGCUGAGAAACACAAAAUGGACGCCGACCAGAUUGAGAAGAUUGCCAAAGACGCCAACAGCACGUCAACCAAAGCGUACAACCUGCUGCUCAAGACUCUGGAGGGAGAAAACAAGACGAGCCACGAGAUCGAAGAGCUCAACAGGAAGUACAAUGAAGCCAAGGAGCUGGCCAAGAACCUGGAGAAACAGGCCAACAAGGUUCAGGCUGAGGCAGAAGACGCCGGAAACCAAGCUCUGAAGAUCUUUGCCAACCUGACCGGCCUGCCUCCGUUCGACACACAGGCCCUGGAGGAUGAAGCCAGUAAGAUCAAGAAGGAGGCUGCAGACCUGGACAAGCUGAUCGAUAAGACGGAGAAGGAGUACAACGACCUCAGGGACGACCUGAAGGGCAAAGAACUGGAGGUCCGCAGACUGCUGGAGAAAGGCAAGAGUGAGCAGCAGACUGCGGAUCAGCUGCUGGCUCGAGCGGAUGCUGCCAAGGCUGUGGCUGAGGAGGCGGCGAGGAAGGGCCAGUCCACCUUCAGAGAGGCCGAGAGCAUCUUGGAGGACCUCAGAGACUUCGACAGGAGGGUGAAUGACAACAAGACUGCCGCCGAGGAGGCCAUGAAGAAGAUUCCCGCCAUCAACGCCACCAUUAUUGCAGCCAACGAGAAGACUCGUCAGGCAGAGGCGGCGCUGGGCAACGCGGCUGCAGACGCCCGAGAGGCAAAGGCCAAGGCGGAGGAGGCCGAGAGGAUCGCAGCCAACGUGCAGAAGGGCUCAGCCAAGACCAAGGAAGAGGCAGAGAAAGCGUUGGAGGAAACCGAGAAGCUGGACGACGAGGUGGACAACAUGAUGGACCAGCUGAAAGCUGCUGAAGGCGAGCUGGCCAAGAAGAAGGCCGAGGCCGACGAGGACAUGAUGAUGGCCGGGAUGGCGUCUGACAACGCUAAGGAGGCCGAGGACAACGCGCGCAAGGCCAAGAAUGCAGUGAAGACGGUCCUGAACACCAUCAGCGCCCUGCUGGACCAGCUCGGAAACAUCGACAAGGUGGACCUGAGCAAACUGACCCAGAUCGACGAGUCACUGAAAAGGGCCAAGGGCAAGAUGGCUGACAGCGACCUGGACAGGAAGCUGGCGGAGCUGAACGACGUGGAGCGGACCCAGAAGGACAUGAUCAACGACUACGACCGUCAGAUCCGAGAGAUCCGUGCCGACAUCGCCAACCUCGACGACAUCAAGAACACGCUGCCCGACGGCUGCUUCAACACGCCGUCUCUGGAGAGGCCUUAGCCCCGCCCCCAGCCCCGCCCCUGCCCAGCCCAGCCCCGCCUCCUCACUCUGCCUCACGUCUAACACUCCGGCGAACAUGCCGCCUUUUACCAAAACUCUUGUUAAAUCUUUGUUUAAAUCUGUAUUUCACGUUUUUAACAAAGCAGAAGCAGCUUUUACUUUUGUCUUUAGGUUUUUUUUUUUUUUUUGGAGACGCAGUAGUGGUUACGGCAGAAUGAACUAAGCAGCACCCAGAAGCUGCAGAGAACCAGAACCACAAACCCAACGUGACUGCAGCUGUCACUCAUCACGACGGCUACUCAGUGUUUUUCAGUGAAGGAACCCUGGCUGCUCUGAAGCCCCUGGCGUUUUUACCUCCCACUGCCUGUUCUGAUAUCAGGAACAUGGACCGGACCCGGUUCGCCCCACUUGAUGCAUGUUUAUUGUGUCCACAUGUAAUGAAUAUAGAUCACGUGUUUCCAGGCUACACCCAAUGACCACUUCAUUAGGAACACCCAACACCGCAGCUCAGCCUUAAUUCUACUUUAGAGUCUGAUUUCUCUGCUGUGAAGCGUGUGGUUCUAAAGUUCUGGUUUCUUCAUUUAUUUAAAUUGACUCCAGCAUCCACAUUUGAACCUGGUGGCCAUCAGCGCUGCUUUACUGGAUUGAACCGGUGUGCCUAAUAAAGCAACCUCAAGCGUUUAUCCCUCACGUCCAGACCGUAGUCAGAACCCAGGCUCCACAGGAACCGGGUCCGAUGGGCUCUUCUCACUGCCACAAAACCGUGUCAUGUCCUGAUGACGUUUAGUUUUGAUUUUCUUGUUCCUGCUCGUCACUGGUUUCACUCAUUAACUUUUCUUCAGGCUAAAUCCAACACUAUGCAACUUUGUACAUUUUGCGUAGCGAGAAUUUUAUCUGAUACACUGGUGCUAAUAAUUAUUUCAAAUGUUAUAUUUUUGUGUGAAUGUUUUUUAUUAUGACUUAGAUGAGGACUUAUUUGUGUAAAUAUAUGCGUCAAUAAUUCAGGACUGGCUGGAAGAAAACAUGUAAACAGCCAUGUUAAGAUCUAUCACAAUCAAUCAACUGACACCUCCAGGUAAAAUCUAUAUAGAAAUAUCUAUAACGUCUGUGGUAUGUGCUUAUUAUAAUAUGCUUGCUUGUAUACAAGGCUCCAUGUCGCUGCCUCACAUCGAUGCCAUAGUUUUCUUUUCGUCACACAUUAUUCAGCCUAGCUGGAUGUGUGUUAUUGUUUUGAACUUUGACCCUGCUCACCAAUCAGGUGAGCGUUUUACUGGCUUUGUGGAGACGAUGGACUCAGUCACGUGUUGGUGCAGCCGUUUCAUUAAUGUUUGUGCCUUAACGUUUUAACGUUUGGUUGUAACCAGGAUUAAAGUAGAUCAGAGAAGCGUCAAACUCAGCGACUGAACCUGGUUUACUUCCUGUCCCUCCAUCCACGCGGCACCUCGCUAGCUGGCAGCACGUCAUGUAUAAACAGUAUUUUAAGUUAUAAUGUGCCACUUAUUUGUAUUAUUUGUAAUCCCGGUGUCUUAGACAAGACGUCUGUGCUGCCCAGUGAGGGGCUGAGUGACACUGUCUGAUCCCAUGUGCCUGUAAAUCCAAAUCUAACAUUUGAAUAAUAAACAAUUACUACAGGAA